AUGAUGCGAACGACUCGAGCUAGGAGCAAGGCGGCUGUCUAUAAAGAUGAUUCACUUGAAGAGAUAUCCCAGCAGGUAACUAGUGUUGACGUUCACGAGUCCGUUGAACGGAUCCCUCCAGGUGCCUUCUCGCAUUACAACUUCCUUGUGCACAUCUGGCUGCCACAAGGUUUGCGAGAGAUUGUUGCUAAUGCUUUCACAUCUUGCAUAUCUCUAGUGGAAUUCUCCAUUCCAUCUUCCGUUGAAACAAUUGGCGAAUAUGCAUUUUAUCACUGCGACAGCCUGGAACUUGUGGUCCUAUUGGAAGGGCAGCUUAGAACAAUAGGCAAGUGCAGUUUCCAAGAGUGCGGCCUAGGGUCCCUAUCAAUUCCAGCCAGUGUGAAUGCUAUCGGCGAGUCCGCAUUUGCAUGCUGUGAAAACUUACGACUGGUCAUGCUGAGGGAAGGACUUCAGCGGAUAGGCGAUUAUGCUUUCAGAAACUGCUUCAAUUUGCAAGAAGUGGACAUUCCCCCUACCACAAGUCUCGGCUUUGAAGCGUUCGAAAAGUGUUUCAGUUUGAAGCGUGUUGGUCUAGCGAAUGGACUAACAAACACUGGCAAAUGGUCGUUCUUGAGGUGCACGUCAAUUGGAACUGUGUCUCUACCUCAGACACUGACGAGCAUCGACAGUGGAACCUUUUCUUAUUGUUCUCAAAUCUCCGAGAUUUUGCUGCCAGAAGGGCUAACAGUUAUCUGCGACGAAGCUUUCAGCCAGUGUUUGGGUGCAUCCGCAUUUGCCUCCUGCAGACAACUGCUGUGUGUCGAGUUCCAAGAUGGUCAGGAAACAGAACUCGAGCCCAGAGUUUUUAAUAAAUGUGACAGAUUGAUCAAUAUUUCGAUCCCUUCUUCAAUGGAAUCAUCUGUCUGGGCAAGUGCCUUUGAUGAGUGUGGUUCGUUAGAACGGGGCGCAGGUGGAAGUGAAUAUAUUGUACAAAGAUUGAUGGAUCGAUUUGCAAACCAUCCGGUGCACGAAGCUUGCUACAAUUCCUCGCUCCCGACUCUAUCUACAAUGGUGGCAUCUGUUGCCGAAUACGAAUUAGUGGAUAACUUUGGAAUGACGCCAUUCCAUAUUGCUGUCACCGCUCCUAAGCUACGGGGAUGCAUUUUGGAAUGCCUCCUCAAUGCAAACACCUUCCCAGUCCUGUUCGAAAGUGACGAGAACGGCAAGACAAUGAUGGAUUAUCUUCUCAUGCAGACAUCAGCCAAAUCAGGAGAUUUGAUCGAUAUGGUAUUGCACAAAGGAGUCGAAAAAGAAAUGUCCGGGUGGGGUCUACCACAAUGGAGAUCUGAAGUGUCAGGCGCUAUUCAUGAGUAUUUCGAUCGAUCGGAAGAACUUUUCCCUCGCACAACAUUGGACAGCGUGGGUCAAACAUUUGCAAAGUAUGUCAAGUUGGAGUCCACCUCGCUAUUGGAACUGGCAUUAUGGAACAAGAGAAUUCAAUACUUUGAACGAGGAAGCAAGAACAAGAGACCGAAAGUUGACCGAGAUGCUCCUCGAUUGAUGUGUGGUGCGAAUAUUGUGAUUCCUCACGUUCUUGAAUAUCUGGGGGGACUCCCGACAUUGACCACUUCUAUAAAUUGGUGA